AUCAGGUACGGUAAACGAUUUCUUUUCUUGGUGUUCUGUGCGAGCAAUCUGCCCAAACACCCCACAAAAUUACGGAACGGCACUGAAGCGAUGGAUCAUGUUCUGGUACACCUUUUCUGCCUUGGUCUCUCUACCGGCACGAGCUCAUGUUCAUGCUUUAUUUUGCGCUGGUAUGAUUUUCUUUGAAUCACUGGAUUCAACCUAUGCUUUCCAGGCGUACCGGAGGCGACUCUCACGAGCUGGAAAAAUCCCUUUUUCUUUCUUCGCUGUACUCUUUUGUUCGCAUAGGUCGGCCGUCCUCUUGGACAGCAUACCCCUUUCUUUCCAUCUUGUGCAUAGCUUCGGCGGGGGUCUUUUUCAUGUUGGCGGUUCUUGGCGCUACGGCCUGGAUGAGCAUAACUAUGGGCGUACUAGCUUCUCGGGCUUUCCAUCAUCAGUGUGGAGGACAAAUGAAGGGAGCAUGAUUGCAUACUUUGGGAUGAAGGCUGAGAUUGGAAUGAGCGGUCUGUCUGACCUUAUGAGUUGGUACGAGGUGGGCUCGCUGCAAGCCUUCAUGCGCGUCAUGCGAGCAAAGAUUCCGUAGGAAUCAAUUAAACUCGAUACACUGCUAUCUAC